AUGUCUCUUCCCACCAGCGCCCGUGUCUACCGACGCACUGAAGACGGCAAAGACAUCGAGCUCUCCACCGAAGACCUCCCUAAAGAACUCACUCCUACUCAAGUCCUGAUCCGAAUUCACGCCGUCUCGCUCAACUUUCGCGAUGUUGCUAUGCUCAACGACAGAUACCCCGUUCCCGCCGAUCACCGCGGUAUCCCCUGCUCGGACGCUGGUGCCACUGUCGUUGCAGUCGGCAGUUCCGUCAAGGACUUUGUUGCUGGCGACCACGUCUCGCCUACUUUCCGCUGGACCACUGAAGAUGGCGUCAUGAGAGCUCUCGGCGGUGACUUUGACGGCGUGUUGCGGGACUAUGCUGUCUUUGAGUCUGACGCUUUGGUCAAGAAUCCAGAGUAUUUGACUCCUGAAGAGGCUUCGUUGAUUCCUUGUGCUGGAGUUACAGCAUGGACUUCGUUGGCCCAAGAUGAUUGGAAGAAAGCAGAUAAAGUCAAGACAGCAUUGAUGGAAGGUACAGGCGGUGUUUCUCUGUUCGCUCUCCUCAUCUGCUUGGCCAAGAACAUUACACCCAUCAUAACUUCAUCGUCCGAUGACAAGCUUGCCGGACUCCAGAAGCUCGCGGAUGCCGAUCAGAAAGUCCUCGCCAUCAACUACCGCAAGACGCCUGACUGGGCCGAGGAAGCGCUGAAACUCACAAACGGACAAGGUGUAGAUGCCUUGGUCAACAGUGUAGGCGCUUCAAGCAUGGAUCAGAACUUCAAGGCCUUGAAGAAAUUUGGUACAAUUUCUCUGGUUGGCUUCCUCGGUGGCACUCCUGAGAAGAUGCCUGAUGUUACCAUGCAGAUUCUCACGAAGAGCGCGCAUGUGCAGGGCAUUGCAGUAGGAACCAAGGAAGAUCAUCAAGACCUCUGCAAGCUCUUGGGUGAGAAGAAGGUCAAGCUCAGUCCCAUCAUCGACAAGGUGUUUGAUUUUGAAAAGUCCAGUGAAGCGUUCAAAUAUCUAUACUCGGGCGCUCAUGUGGGAAAGGUGGUGAUCAAGAUCUGA